AUGGAAUCUUAUAACGGUGCAGUGCUGUCUCCAAACGACGCCCUAAUAUUACUAGAAGCUGCUAGACAACGACUAAUACCCAAGAUUACUCGUCGUUUGAAAGAUCAUGAACGUCAACUAAUCAAACCUGGCUCAAUCUUUAUAUGGGAUGAAAAAGAGGCCAAAAUGAGAAGAUGGACUGAUGGGAGAUCUUGGAGUGCUUCAAGAGUUACUGGUGCCUUUUUAACUUAUAGAGAAAUGGAG